CUAAAAUAAAAAGCCAUUUCUCCACCGAGCGCAAAAAGUUUAUUAGCUCUCUCUCUCUUUUACAUUUAACUUUCCCCCAACUAUGUCCAAACCCUCUUCUCUCAUCUCCAAUUCCAAGGGUUGCUUAAAAUAGUAGCAGAAGAAGUCAGGACUCAUACCCAAGUGAAGUUGGAGAGAAAACUGAAAGAAAUGAGCAACUCAUCAGUCACAGUGGCGGCGGUGGGGCCAAGGGCACAACCAAGUUUCACGUUGGCUCAGUGGCAUGAGCUAGAGCAUCAAGCUCUUAUCUUUAAGUAUUUAAAAGCUGGAUUAUCUGUCCCUCCUUAUCUUCUCCUUCCUAUUCGCAAGAGUUUCCAGCUCCUAUCCCCUGGUUUCUUGCACCCAUCAAAUUCGAGCUAUUGUUCCUAUUUUGGGAAGAAGAUUGACUCAGAGCCAGGAAGGUGCCGGAGGACAGAUGGCAAAAAGUGGAGGUGCUCCAAAGAUGCUCAUCCAGACUCCAAGUAUUGUGAGCGGCAUAUGAAUAGAAGCCGUAACCGUUCAAGAAAGCCUGUGGAAUCACAAACUACUUCUCAGUCCAUGUCAACUGUUGAGUCAGAAAUUGUAACUGGGAGCAGCAGCAGUGGCAGCAGAGUGUAUACGACUAUGCCUUUACCCACCAUUGGUAAUUCUGGGCCCUUAGGCUUUGGAAGCAACAUGUCACAUUGGCAGAUGGAGUCUAUGCCUUAUGGUGUUAAUAGUAAAGACUACAGGUCUCCCCAUGGACUGAAGCUUGAAGCAGAUGAGAAAACUUUCUUACCAGAAGCUUUGGGAAAUACAAGGAGCUUCGGGAUGAACUCUACUGUGGACAGCACUUGGCAUCUCACAUCCCAAGUCCCUGCAAGCCCUGUCCCAGAAUCAAGAAAUGAUGCUCUUUUGCAAAACUACCCACAACUACGGACACUGCAGGAUUUUGAGCCGCUACCUGUUGAUGAUGCACCGUCAAAACAACAAGAACAACAAUAUUUAUUUGGAAGGGAGUUCAGUUCAUCAGGAUCUGUGAGGCAGGAAAAUCAGUCCCUUCAGCCUCUCUUUGAUGAGUGGCCUAAAUGCAGGGAUAUGGAUUCCUAUUUCACUGAUCAAAGAUCUAACAAGAGCUCUUCUGGUGUUCAGUUAUCAAUGGCCAUUCCAAUGGCUCCUAACUCUGCUCCGAGGAGUUAUCAUUCCCCAAAUGAUGCUUAAAAGGAGCAUGGGAAUUUCUUGCAAGUUAUUUUGAUGGCUUCAUCAAGAAAUGCCAUCAGAAUUUCUCUACGUGGUUAGGAGAGCAUUCCUACUCUGGUUGUGGAUUGACAAUGUUGUGUUCGAGUACUUAAAAUUUACUACUAUGGAUGGUUCUUAUGGUAGACUUGUCUGACUACUUUGAGAUUGCGUGCUUUAAGUUCUCCCUGUCCAGCAUAAAAUCAGACAUCAUUGAUGUCUCGAACCUUCAUGUUUAUUCCUAAUGUUACUGUUAAUUUAGUGUUUGGCA